AUGCUGCCUGUGCAGAUUUUGAAGGACAAUGCGCAGGAAGAGCGCGGAGAAACCGCGCGAAUGAGCUCAUUCGUUGGGGCCAUCGCCAUAGGAGACCUGGUGAAAUCGACUCUGGGUCCUAAGGGCAUGGAUAAAAUCCUCAUAAGCGGCAGUGGAGAUCAUCAAGCAAUCAAGGUCACUAAUGAUGGCGCUACAAUCCUUAAGUCGAUUGGUGUGGAUAAUCCGGCCGCCAAAGUGCUAAUCGACAUGUCGAUGACCCAAGACAGUGAAGUUGGUGAUGGAACCACGUCAGUUGCGGUGCUUGCAGCUGAACUUCUUAGGGAGGGUGAGAAGCUCGUCAAUCAGCGUAUCCAUCCACAAACAAUCAUUUCUGGCUACCGUCGUGCAUUGUUGAUUGCUCAAGAUGCUCUUCGUUCCUCGUCCAUGGAAUCUGGCCAAAAUAUCGAGGAAGAUUUGCUGAAGAUUGCUCGUACCACUUUGGGAUCUAAAAUUCUUAAUCAACACAAGGAGCAGUUUGCCAAGCUGGCAGUUGAUGCUGUGCUGAGAAUGAAGGGAUCAGGAAAUCUCGAAGCUAUUCAAAUUAUCAAGAAGCUUGGUGGUUCUAUGAGUGACUCUUACCUCGAUACAGGUUUUCUUCUCGAAAAGCUGCCCGGUAUGUACCAACCGAAAAGGAUGGAAAAAGCAAAAAUUCUUAUCGCGAACACUCCUAUGGAUACAGAUAAGGUGAAAGUGUUCGGUUCCCGAGUUCGUGUUGAAUCUGUUGCCAAGGUGGCAGAGUUAGAAGCCGCAGAAAAGCUGAAAAUGAAAGAGAAGGUUGACAAGAUUUUGGCUCAUAAAAUCAACGUCUUCAUAAACAGGCAGUUGAUUUACAAUUAUCCUGAGCAGUUGUUUGCCGACGCUGGUAUUAUGGCCAUUGAACACGCUGACUUUGAAGGAAUCGAGCGGCUUGCGCUGGUGCUUGGUGGAGAGAUUGUUUCCACGUUCGACACACCAGAAAAUGUGAAGUUCGGAACAUGUGACCUUAUCGAGGAAGUGAUGAUAGGCGAAGAUCGCCUCUUGCGCUUCAGUGGCGUACCUCUUGGAGAAGCCUGCUCCAUUGUGCUCCGUGGUGCAACUCAACAGAUCCUGGAAGAAGCUGAGAGAUCGCUGCAUGACGCCCUUUGUGUGCUAAUCACCCAUGUCAAAGAGUCGAAGACAGUAGCUGGUGCUGGUGCCUCAGAAAUCCUCAUGAGUACAGCUGUCGCUAUGGAAAGUCACAAGGUGGCAGGAAAAGAAGCAAUGGCGGUUGAAGCCUUUGGCCGUGCCUUAGCUCAACUACCAACGAUCAUCUGUGACAAUGCAGGUCUUGAUAGCGCCGAUUUGGUUACUAGGCUGAGAGCAGAACAUGCGAAUGGUCAUCAUAACAUGGGAAUAGGUUAG